GGCACGCUGUUAACAAAUCCAGUGCUCAACUGCGUAGUUCAGAGGAGAAGAAGAUUCAUCACCACGACUUUGACGUCGGCAUUCUUGGGCUAUCUUGACCUUCCUCUUGCUUCGUGACAAACUAAAAGAUGGCCGGAAGCGUGUUUGCACGUUGGUGGGCCAAGAUGAGCCCUUACUACACCAAAGCGUAUCAAGAGAUGUGGGUGGGUGUUGGCCUCAUGGCGUACGUCUACUACAAAAUCUCCUAUGGAGGCAAGAAGGCAGUGAAGGACAAGCCAGCUCAUUAGGUUUCAAUUCCUACUGAACAACCCCUCCUGCUGUAAAAUUGCCCCUUUCACAUCGGACAUCUUGUUAAUAUGGAACAAAUAAAAAUGUCAACCAAGAAAAA